CUGACAGAGGGUGUGUUGUGUUUGUCAGGAGCGGGGGGUCGCUCCAGCCCGGUGGCAGGGACGAGCUGGGCACGAGGUGACGUUCAAGCUGACCCCCAGGUGGGGACCUCCUACCAGAACAUGUACCAGCCCCCCUGCUUCGACAACCACCAUCAACCUUACCAGGUGCCCCGUGGCGACGACGGCCACAUGUCGGGCUGGAACGUGUCCCCGCAGUAUCAUCUCAUGCAACCAUACUACUCUGCGGCCUCUUACCUGCCGCAGGGGUUGGGCACUUCCUACUACAACCUGGAGGACAUCAACUACUCCAAGGCCAUCCCCGCCACAAUAAUGGACAGCGACGAGGGCGUCGUCCCCGACUCAAUGGCCUCCAAGUUCGCGGUCAUCAAUCCGGAGCAGGAUGACGAAAGCGACGAUAGCGGCCGCCUUGUCAUUGACGAAAAUGUGGGCAAAUGAACGCCAAGCUUUGGUUUUUGCACGACAAGCGACGCUUUUAACAAACAAAUUUACUUCACUAAUCAUUCAAAUCAACAGCUAACAGACUUGUCACAACAUAAAGUUAAAGUGAUAGAAUAAUACAUGUUUGAUUCUUUUAUUAAUCAAUGAGAAAUUACAUUUUAUUCAGUAAAGUGUUUCUUAAAUUUUUUUCUUAUAAUUGUUGAUGUCACAUGAUUUCGAGCUUCGGUUUUUGCACGACAAGCGACGCUUUUAACAAACAAACUUACUUCACUAAUCAUUCAAAUCAACAGCUAACAGAUUCGUCACAACACAAAGUUAAAGUUAUAGAAUAAUACAUGUUUGAUUAUUUUAUUAAUCAACGAGAAAUUACAUUUUAUUCAGUAUAGUGUUUCUUAAAUUUUUUUCUUAUAAUUGUUGAUGUCACAUGAUUUCGAGCUUCGGUUUUUGCACGACAAGCGACGCUUUUAACAAACCAACUUACUUCACUAAUCAUUCAAAUCAACAGCUAACAGAUUCGUCACAACAUAAAGUUAAAGGUAUAGAAUAAUAGAUGGUUGAAUAUUUUAUUAAUCAACGAGAAAUUACAUUUUAUUAUUUGUUUCUUAAAUUUUCUUCUUAUAAUUGUUGAUUUCA